GACAUCAAGGACACUCUGGCCAGGUGCGAGGCGGCGGCAUCUCCGGUGGAUGAUCCCGUUUCCAUCUCCAUCGAGCUGGAAAAGAACUUCUGCUGCUUCCCUCGGCAAUACUUCACCCUGCGGAAGCUCACGCGGCGCCUCAUCGGAGAGGUGACGCUGGAUCCCGACACGGCUCAUCCCAACCUGGUGUUAUCCGAGGACCGGAAGAGUGUCCGCUUUGUGGAAGUGGGGCCUCGGGAUGUGCCGGAUUCCCCGCGGCGCUUCACCAUCUAUCCCUGCCCGAAGCGAGUUGGGGUUUUUGUGGAUUACGAGGCUGGAAAAGUGGCUUUUUACAACGUGACCGAUCGCUCCCACAUCUACACCUUCACCGACACCUUCACCGAGAAGAUCUGGCCCCUCUUCUAUCCCGGGAUCCGCGCAGGCAGGAAGAACGCGGCGCCGCUCGUCAUCCGCUCGCCCACCGACUGGGAAUGA